GCGCAGACAAAGGCGCGGGCGGUGCGGAGGGCGGCGCGGAGGGCGCGGGCCCCGGAGCCAGCGAGCGAGCGGGGCGCCCGUCUGCGGGCCGCACCCGCCUAGCGCCCGGACACUUGCGGGGCGCCGAGCCGGCAGGAUCCCCUGGACUGGGGCUCCUGGGGUGGGGCUUCACCCCCGCACGCGAUUGUGGAUCCCGGACACCGGGCGGAGUCGGGCUCCCCUUUGGAGCCCCGCGGCCGGCAGCGUCCGAGGCGCAUGACUAGUUGAGGCCAAGCCAGCAGUUCCUACCAUCCCCCUGGCUGUCCCUUGGAGCCCACCCAGACAAGCCUGACCAAUGUCCACAGCCAGGGAGCAGCCCAUCUUCAGCACACGGGCGCACGUGUUCCAGAUCGACCCGGCCACCAAGCGGAACUGGAUCCCUGCGGGCAAACACGCACUCACUGUCUCCUACUUUUACGAUGCCACCCGCAACGUCUACCGAAUCAUCAGCCUUGGGGGUGCCAAGGCCAUCAUCAACAGCACUGUCACCCCCAACAUGACAUUUACCAAAACCUCCCAGAAGUUCGGGCAGUGGGCAGACAGUCGCGCCAACACCGUCUAUGGCCUUGGCUUUGCUUCUGAGCAGCAUCUGACUCAGUUUGCUGAGAAGUUCCAGGAAGUGAAGGAAGCAGCGAGGCUGGCACGCGAGAAAUCUCAGGAUGGGGGAGAGCUCACCAGUCCAGCCCUGGGGCUCACUGCCCACCAGGUGCCCCCGAGCCCCCUCGUCAGCUCCAACGGCCCCGGCGACGAGAAGCUAUUCCGCAGCCAGAGCGCGGACGCUCCCGGCCCCGCUGAGCGCGAGCGGCUCAGAAAGAUGCUGUCCGAGGGCUCGGUGGGCGAGGUGCAGUGGGAGGCCGAGUUCUUCGCGCUUCAGGACAGUAACAACAAAUUGGCGGGCGCCCUGCGAGAGGCCAACGCCGCCGCCGCCCAGUGGAGGCAGCAGCUGGAGGCCCAGCGCGCAGAGGCCGAGCGGCUGCGACAGCGGGUGGCUGAGUUGGAGGCCCAGGCUGCCACCGCCGAGCCACCCGCAGUCAGUGAGAAGGAGGGACCGGGCCAGUCGCUGGAGCAGCUGGAGGCACUAGUGCAAACUAAGGACCAGGAGAUCCAGACGCUGAAGAGCCAGACUGGUGGUCCCCGUGAGGCCCCAGACAGCGCCGAGCGUGAGGAGACGCAGCAGAAGGUGCAGGAACUGGAGACCCGAAACGCGGAGCUGGAGCACCAGCUGCGGGCAACGGAGCGCAGCCUGGAGGAGGCACGGGUAGAGCGGGAGCGGGCACGGGCCGAGGUGGGCCGGGCUGCGCAGCUGCUGGACGUCAGGCUGUUUGAGCUGAGCGAGCUGCGGGAGGGCCUGGCCCGCCUGGCGGAGGGCACGCCCUGAGUCCGGCCUCUGGGUCUACGUGGGAGCAGGGGCCUGCGGGAGCUAGUUUUACAUGAACGAUUCCCGCCUGGGGCACGGGCCAGGCCGCAGGCGGCACAGUGGGCCAUUCCCCCGGCAGGGACUGGGGCUCGACUCAGCCUGGGGAGGGCCUGUCCACAGUGCUCCAGCCAGCCCUGGCUGUUCACAGCUCACGGGCUGUUUUUGAGCUCUUCAUCGUGUAGAAUUUCUAGACUCCCCAGGGCACGUGCUGGUGCCCAAAUUACAUUUCUAAGCGUG